CUAGUUCCAAAAUGGUUGAGGCGGCCACAAAACGCCAUGUUAAAUGUUAACGUAAACGGAAAAGAAAGAAAGCAGACUAUUUUUUUUUGUAAAUAAGUGCGAUGCUAUUUACUUCAGUUUUGUAGUCCUGUUCAUGAUAAGAAAAGUUGAGUGAGUCGUUCUUUUGUAGUUUCUAUUAAUAAGCAUUUUUCAAACAUGGCUCAGCCAUCUAUAAACUCUCGAUCUUUUCGUCUUUUUGUGACCCACGUAGACGGUGAUGGUCAUUUUCUUAAGAUAAGUGGGCAAGUCGAUCAUCAAGCUUCGUUAAUGAUAGAGACUUUGUUCGAUGCUGCCCGAGAUAAUCUAGAAAAAGGCAUAGGCGCCGUUCCACCGGCGGCUAUUCAUGAAGGUGUCAUUUGUGCCGCCAAAUACAAAGAUGGAACUUACUACCGAGCUAAAGUUAUAAAUACGAAUAAUUUGUCCACUGGAUUGGUUGGUGUGCACUUUAUUGACUUCGGAAAUAAGGAUAUAAUUUCACUGAGUGCUAUACGUUUCUUCGACAACUACGACCCGAUGUUCUUGGAGCUACGUGGUCAAGCCACUGAAUAUUACUUAUCUGGAGUAAUGAAUCCGUCCGGAAGGUGGGAGGAGCCACAUUUACUAAAACUUCAGAGUUUACUUUGCUACGCAGAAUAUUCCGCGACUGUGGAUGCGCAAACGCGCACACUGCCUAUUAUUUCGAUUCAGUUUAAAGGUACCGAUUUGUCUUCGCAUCUUGUAUCAAUCCGUUUUGGCAUAGCAUUACCACUGGCGAAGCAAGAAGUGUUACUACUGCAGCUGUCAGGUGAAAAUCAGCAAUUAGCUAACUUUCCGCCAAGUUAUGCUAAUGAAUCGCCAACAUACCCAGAGCAUGUACCAUUUUUGAUUAAUCAAAACUUUCCAUCAAAUCCUGCAUCAACAAUGAGGAUUCAGCAAAAUGCAUCUCUACCUUUCAAUGGAAGCAUACAGAUGGCUCCAUCAAUGAUUGGUCAACGUCUCUUAGUCAACAAGGCCUCUAGGAAUCCAGUGAAUUUAAGAGCUCCAGUGCGCCAACCCCAGCAUGCUCCAGCUACUCCUCCCAUUAAUGUUUCAACUCCACCUCCUAACAUAGUAGCAGCUGCCAAACCAAGCUCUCCUAAAAAGUCUACAACUUAUAAAAGUAGAUUGCUGGAAGCUAACUCUCAACAUAAAGUGUUUGUGUCAUAUUCUGAGGAAGGACCAGAACUAUUUGCUGUUCAGCUGGUAAGUGAUGCUAAGAAACUCCAGGAUAUGAUGGAUGAAAUUAAUAAGAGACCGCAUAGUAGUCUGACUGAACCACCAAUGAUUGGCACUGUGUGUCUGGGUCGGAUGUCUGGUGACCGCAUCAUAUGCAGAGCUAUUGUUAUGAAUCUGUCUGGAUCCCAGUGCAAACUAUUCUUUGUUGAUUUUGGUGACACAGAAAUGGUAUCAUACUAUGAUAUUUUUGAUAUCCCAGAAGAGUUUGUGAAGCCAAAUGUUUUUGCCAUGAGAUUCUGUUUAUCUGGAGUGAAGAAGUUAGAGAAGGGGCCACACUUGAAUGAAACCUUCAAACAGUUGGUAAAUGGGAAGGUGUUGACACUGAAAGUAGUAGCUCCAGAGGGGCCACCAUUGAUACAAUAUGGAGAGUUGUAUUUAGAUAAUAAGAAUGUACUUGAGUUGUUGAUGGCCAACAUGAAAGACAAAUUGCAGUUCAAGUGGAUAGAAAUGCUUCCGUUGGGUUCGAGACAAUCAGUCCUUGUGUCAUAUGUGGAUAGUUGCAUCAAGUUCUUUGUGCAGCUGUCAGAUAAGAUAGAUGAGUUGAAUGCUGUCAUGGAGGCAGUGCGGGCACACUGUGAGAACAGCUCAUCUCCUGGUGAGUUGCCAGUGGGGGCAGCUUGCUGUGCAAGGUUCCCUGAUGACAACAACUGGUACAGAGCGAGGGUGAGAGACACCAGAGGGAACAAAGUGGUGGUAGUCUAUGUGGACUAUGGUAAUGAGCAGGAGGUGGAGGUGUCAGACCUGAGGACCAUCACUCCUGAUCUGAUAAAGUUACCAGCUCAAGCCAUGAAGUGUGCUCUUAAGGGUUAUGAGAACAAGGUGGUUGAGACAAAGACCUCCAACCAGUUGGAAAUGUUAGCCCUGGAGAAAACCCUGACUGCUCAUGUAGUUGGCAUACUGUCUUCCACUAUGGUUGUGUCACUCACUGAUGAAUCUGUCAGCCCUCCGCUGGAUGUGGCCAGGAAGAUGACACAACUGUCACAGCCCAGAAGCUCCCAUGAGGUAAAAGCCACAACGCCAGUUCGCAAAGACGCGCCAGAAACCUUCAGUUCACCGGAGAGUGUGUCUGAUGAUGGACACAAGAAGAGUUUCCGUCGCGAGAAGAGUUUCAAGGAAGAUAGGAGACCACCCAGGGAAGGAAACGAGGAGUUUCAACCUAGAGGCGGCAGUUUUCGUGGCAGAGAUAACCGGGAAGGUUUCGAUAGGUCUGGCCCAGGGCGGCACAGCGAGAAGUUUGGUGGCCGGCCGGAGAGAGGUGAACGCCCUCCCUUCAAUGACCGACGCGGUGGUCCGCCCAAGCCCCGAGAGAACGCCGCGCCACCACCAUCUGUGGGCGAUGACGAGUGGGAGGAAUCUCCUCCACAACCCACCUUCCAACCCCCACACAGACAAAACAGGGAUAGAGAUAACAACCCCAGGGACAGAGAUUUCACACCCAGAGACAGAGACAAUAACCCAAGAAGAAAGCAUAGGUCGGACCAGCACGAUAAACCUGGACCAAAGGGAUGGAAGAAAGACUCGAGUGGAGUCGGGAAAAGGUUGAGGCAAGCCGCCGAGGCUGCCUCCAUGGAUGCCCAAAACUCCAAGGGUGCCUCGAUACAGGAUAGACUGAAACGGGAAAACAAAUACAACCAACAUGAUGACCGGGAAAGAUCAGAUGACUGGGGCAACAAGCCUCAACGGGAGAACCGUUUCGACCGGCCCGACCGACGCGACAACCGCGACAAUCGCGAGAAUCGCGGCGACAGACGCGACAACUGGGGUGACAAGAAAGAGAACUGGAACCAGAAGCGAGACUUCAAGAAUGAUCGACCACGCAGUAACUUCUCCCCUAGAGAUCGCGCUGACAGAUCAUUUGGGUCUGACGAUAAGAAGUCUGACAAGAGCUUCAAGUCUCAAGAUGGUGGAAGGGAGAGGUCAGGCCGAGCUCCUCCGUACAAGAGCCGCAGUAUGUUCACUCAAGUUCAAUACAAAGAACUGCCAGAACCAGUGCCUUUAGAUACGCCCUUCAUUGAAGCCCCGACCAUCGAGCCAAAUGCCCAACACGAAGUCUCUGUAACCUGGAUCAUAUCACCUGACUGCUUCUACACCCAAAUGAUGUCUCUACAACCUAAGUUCCUCGAAAUGAUGCACAAAAUACCAGAACUUUACAAGGGAGUUAAAUCUUAUACUGGAGAAGUUCCCGUAGGAGGCUCAGUUCUAGCACGUUAUCCCGUAGACGGAGUGUUAUAUAGAGCUACGAUAGUCUCCGUUCAACCAUUCUCGAAGUUCAUUGUACGGUACGUGGAUUUCGGUAACAAACAGCUGGUUGAUGCUAAAGACAUCUGGCAGAUGGAUAGACAAAUGAUGGAGCUACCCAAAAUGGCUGUAUGCUGUUCUCUGUCGGGUGUAGUUCCAAUGGAAGGCGAAUGGAAGCCGAACAACCCUGAUAUAGACUUGUGUUUCAACGCGCCGCGAUACCAGUGCGUGUUCCAAGAGUUUGUUGAUGAACAUUAUAAAGUGUCGCUGUGGAACAAUGGCGUGAGUGUAGCUGAUAUGCUGGUGGAGAAACAACUGGCUAAACUGUCUGAACAUCAGUCGUCUGUGACUCUUAAAGACGAAGCGAUAGACCUUACAAUCAUCGUAGGCCAGCAGAUUCUCUGCCGAGUCACUCAUGUGGAAUCGUUCGAGAAGUUCUACGUACAACUCGAUAUGGACAAGGCGACGCUCGUUGAAGAAGCUAUCGCUAACUUUGAUACUAGUAAACUGACGCCACUAACCGCCGACAGUCUCGCCGAUGGCAUCCACUGCACGUUGAAACACGAAGGCAAGAUAUACCGCGCCAUAUUGGAAGAUGUGUCCGACCCGGCUAAUGUGAAGGCUGUGUUGCCAGACUACGGGAAAUCUGUUACUACGGCUUUAGAAAAUCUGAUGAUCUUGCCAACGGAACUGAGCGUUUACUACUACCAGUCAUUAGAGUGUUGUUUGAACAACUAUACUGAGGAGUCGAACAAGCUGAUGACGCUUGAAGAGCUGAAAGAAAAGCUCACCGGCAACAAAGUCAUUAUUUAUAUCAACAAUGUGGAAGGCAUCAGCCUGGUUACCACCCUUUACGACUGCAUAUCCGGCCACAAAAUCGCCAUUUUCGAGCCAGACGAGGGCGCUUACGAUGAAGUAAUCCAGCUAUGCAUGAGAUCGGUCUUCAACUAUAACUUCGGAAUGGCAUACAUAUGUCAUACUGAGAAUCUGAACGAGUUCUAUCUGCAGAAAGCUAGUGACGGAGACAGGAUUGCUUUGCUACUUGAUGAACUGUAUAAGUUCUAUGAAGAAGGAACUCCGGAAGCCCUAUCCUCGUUCGAUGUAGACGGUAUCUGCGCAGCUCAUUCAGCCGAUGGCAACUGGUACCGCGCCACAAUUAUCAGCGUCGAAGACAACCAAGUCAAAGUCCAAUAUCCUGAUUACGGUAACACAGAGACCCUUCCCAAGGAGUCCCUUAAAACCCUCGACCCUAAGUUCUAUGAGCCUUGUGCACUUGCCCUAGUAGCUAGCUUAGGUCUCGUAGCCCUUCAAGAUAACGCUCUUGAAACAUUGAAGGAAUGGACCAACGAAAAGGAGGUACAAGUUACUUUGGCUGUGGGCGUCGAUGGCUGGUUAGCUAGCCUACACUUAGACGGCGUUGACCUCUCCAUAAAGUUAGUCAACGAAAAAUUGGCAACACCACAAAUAAGUUCCGAUGAAGAACAAAAAGUGGAGGAAGUGCAAACUCCUGCCGCUGAACCGAUCUCUCUACCUGAAGGGUGCACGCAAGUGUACAUCAGUCAUAUCGACACUCCCGGACACUUCUGGCUGCAAAUGUCAGACAAAGUUCAGAAAAUCGAAGAUAUACAGGCGGAAUUACAGGCCGAUGCGAACUCGUACCCCGAUGUUACGAACAGGGAAUUAGGCACGUUAUGUGUUGCCAAAUAUUUAGCUGACGAUCAGUGGUACCGUGCUGAAAUCUUAGACGCGGACUCCGAUAUUACUACCGUUCGUUUCAUUGAUUAUGGUAACACAGACGUCCUUGACAAUCAACCCGGAUUGAUCAAAGAAAUGCCAGAAAAGUUGAAGGAAACUGAGCGUUAUGCGGUUAAAACUAGCGUUAACGCAAUCCCGACUGGCACCGGCCAAUGGUCAGAACCUUCCUCUGAAUAUUUCACGCAACUUGUAGGCGAUUUGGCUAACCCAGUAGACGCUCUGAUUGUUCUCAAAGACGUUACAACUUACGUCGAUAUCUUUGUCAACGGUCAGAACUUGACAGACAAGCUAGUGUCUGAAGGUUACGCAACUCGAUCAGAAGAGACUGAUUGCGGCGAUUUGCCAUCCUGCUUCGCUAGUCAUGUGAACUCGCCUUCCGAGUUCUGGAUUCAACUAGAAACAGCUACUUCAGAGUUACAAGCAAUGGAAGCUGCUAUGGUUGACGCUGAAAACUUCCCUGAACUGACAGAUAAAGAGGAGGGUGUCAUUUGUGCAGCCAAAUACCCUGAAGAUGGGGCAUGGUACAGAGCUCAAGUAAUCGUAGAUGGAUCAGAAGGAACCGAAGUCCUUUUCAUGGAUUACGGUAACGCGUCCAUCGCGAACGAAUUACGAAGUCUUCCAGAUGAACUUAAAGUUAAGCCAGCGCUUUCAAGAAAAUGUGCCUUACAGAAACCCCGUGAUAUAAAGUGGUCGCGACAGUCAGAAACAAGGUUUAAUGAAUUAGCUGCUGAAGGAGCUACUAUAUUUAAUGUUCAAUUCAUCGCCUCUGGUGAUAUCUCGAUCGUAGAACUGUUCCUUGAAGGAAAGUCUGUUACUGAAGAACUGGUAGGUUUGUGCGAAGAACUGCCCGCUGAAAGACCUAUACCUGUUGGACAGGAUAUCUAUUGCACCGGUAAAGUCUGUUACGUCAACAGCUUGGACGAAUUCUACCUUCACCUUGAUGACGCUACCUCGAACCUCGAUAAAGUUACGGUGAAAAUGAAUGAGAGCCAAGAAUUUGAGCCAGCUUCAGAAUUAAAAGUGGGAUCAAUAUGUGCAGCAUUCUGGACUGAAGACGAACAAUGGUACAGGGCUAAAAUAUUAGAGUUUUGUGACGUCGGCUACCACGUACAGUUUAUUGACUAUGGAAAUAAAGCUAAAUGUGAAGAGUUCAGACUACUCCCUGAAGAUCUCGCUGCAAUAGAACCACUGGCAAAAUGCUGCCGUUUAGUCACCACGUUCAAUGAUGCCGCUCUCCUCGAAGCUGGCAAAAACAAAUUGGACGAACUUACAUUAGAAGACACAUCAUUCCAAAUUCAAAUUUUAGAUAGCACCGUUCAACCCGUUCUCGUUAAAUUGACAUACGACGGCAAAGACUUCAUUUCUACCAUUACCUCUGAAGCUGUAGUUACUGAGACUAAUACAGAGUCAAAAGAUAAAGUAGAAGAACCGGUUAGCGCAGAGGCUGAGGCCAAUGCUUUGGAAGACGUCAAAACUGAACAGUCUGAACACAAUGCUUCACAAUCUGAUCUCAAUGAAAGUGUAGAGAGCAGUCACACAGUUAUUGAGAACAAGUCCUUUGAAGCUAAGCCCGAAAGCUUAGAAGAUGAGAUCGCGGGUGAAGCCCAAAAUGAGACUUCGACUAGUACUGAGAAAGGUAGUUCUGCGGAUACCACACGGGAAUCAAUUAAGACUGCCGAACAAGAUGAAUUCAGUGACGCUUUAAAUACGAGUAACGAAGUAACAGCGACAGCUGAAAAUGAAACUACAGAAGCUAUAUCAGAACCGGCACAAAUUGUUACCGAAACAGAAAAACCACCUGAGAAAGUUGCUGACACUAAAGAAGCGGAGCAGGUAUCCGCGGAAAAAGACAAAACUACGGAAAAAGCUGAAGAUGACGUAAAGGAAACUGAGAAACCAGCAAAUGUAGAAACAGCAGAAGUUAAGGCAGAAAGUGAGAAGCCCGCAGACAAAACUACAGAAAUUGUAGAGAAGUCUAUUGACAACGCGACAGAUACGGAAAAAUCUGCAGAGAAAGUGACAGAAACCAGUGAGGCUAAAGCAGAGCCCGCCAAGUAGAGUAAUAAGGUUGUAAAUACAACAGAAAGUAUUCUAAAUGAGGCAACACCAGUUAAACUAUAUUGUAUUAUAUUAAUCUCUUUAGAUUUACCAGCAUACGUGACUUAUGACUGUUUUGAAAUAUGCAUAAUUAUAAUUUGCGCCGUUUUGGUCAGACCAAGUGUCAAUACAGUAUUGGCGUUACUAAGCAGCUUAUAAUUAUACAUUUUUGUACCAAGUACAUAAUUAUAAGACGUAAUAUUUUAGUGUUUGUUUGUACUACAGUUUUUUUAAAUAAAAUUGUUAAAAGGUUCGUUUCUCGAAUAGCUGAUGUUGAAAGUGACAUGUUGAACGUUGCAGGAGAGUGUUUAUGACUUUUUAUGUUUGUUAAAGUUUUUAAAGGCAACUAAAUGAACAAGUAUGACCUGUUACACGUUAUUUUAUGACUAAAAUGUUUCUCGUUACAAUUUAUAAAUACUCACUAUGGUAAAUUUUUAGGUGUUAUUGUACGUUAUCGGUAUUUGUUAAUUUGGUUAAGCACUGACUUGCAAUAGUAGAAUAACAGGCUGACUGAAAAGGUUAUAAUGUACAUACAUAACUACUUAAUUGUAAUUAACACAUUCCCUUCAUGUUAACAUUAGUUUCACAUGUCGUCAUUACAGAUACCGAGGGUAUAUCAUUGAUUGUCGUUAUUUUUUGUUUAGUAAUCAUCUUCAAGAAGGAUGUUUCGUUUUUUUUUUAAUAAAGCUAUGUAGAAAGCGA